AUGCUUCUGAGUGGCUUUUCUUUGUUCAGCACUCUUCCUUGUCCAAGCCAUUUUUCUUUACCUCUUUCGAUAUCAAAUGAUCUUCUCACUCUCUCUGUUUCAUUUCUCUCUUUCAUGCAAGGAUGUAAAUCUUAUCAUUUUUCUUCUUUAUUUUCUCUUUAUGGCGCUUACAACUUCCUUCCGUAUUUUCCUCCCCCUCCCUUUAUAAUAUGUCUUUCUUUUCUGGUCAUUUCUUCUUCCUUUGAUUUUAUUCAGCGUAUUUCUCGCUACUUCCUUCUUUACUUGUGUUUUUAUUAUUUCUUUCAUCCUCUUCACUUUAUCACCUUCCUUUUUUCUUCAUCUUCUUUCCUCGCCUUCUUCAUUCCUUCUUUUAUUAAUUUACUUAUUCUCUUCCUUCCUUCCUUCCUUCCUUCCUUCCUUCCUUCAUCAUCUUUUUCUCUUUUUUCUACGUCCCUUUCUCUCCUUUUUUUUCAUCCACUUUAUUCAAUCUUUACAUAUUCUCUUCCUUACUUCUUUCUCUCCUUCAUUUUCUUUUCUCCUCAUCCUCUAAUCUUUUUCUUUCAUCUACUCUCCUCAUUCUCUUAUUCUUUUUUCCUUCAUCUUCUUUCCGCAUCUCCCCUCUUCUUUUAUUCCUAUUUUUCCUCAUCCUCUCCCUUCCUUCCUUUCUUCCUCGUCCUUUUCUCAUUCUCUUCCCUCCUAACUUCUUUCAUCUCCUUUUCUCCAUCCUCUUUAUUCUUUCCCUAA